UGCAGAUUUUUGUUAAAGAUGAAACUAUUCAAUUAUUAACAAUGUUUAUUGACGAAACUCAAAGUCAAUAUAGCAACUGCUUCGCAGAAGCUGCUGCACAAGAAAAGUUAUUAGAAUUGCAACGAGACGCCAUAAACACUUUGCAAUUGAAAAUUGAAUACAUGAUUAAUGAUAAACAUUUAAUAGUUACAUCCUUACAUACUACAUAUUGUUCUAUAUUAAGUGCUGUACAGGGUCAACUGAAGCUUUGUAAAAAUGAUUUCCAAGCCUUAAUAUAUAAGAUAAAUACUUUAAUGCAAGCGAAUAUUCAUUUGGAAAAUAAGUAUAUUUCUGUAAAAAAAUUGUGGAAAGAAACGAAUCAGGAACUGCAAGAAUUAAAAAAUAUGUUAUCCGAGGACAAGAAAGAAAAAAAUAUGUACGAAAAUAAAUUUAUCCAAUGUAAAGUAGAUAUUGCACACAAGAGUUGUAUGACACAAAAUCUUGUACCGAAGCAUACUUCAGAAGAUUCUUCGAUAAUAGAUAAACAAGAAUAUAUAGAAAAUUCAUUUCAAAAUGAUGAAUCACAAGCUCAGACUGAAAUUGUAAUAAGAGAAAAUCAAAAUUUAAAGAAACAACUACAAAACUAUAAAUUAGAUUUAAUUGCAUUUAAAAAAGAAUUAAAAAUAAAAGAACAAGAAAUAAAAGAUCUUGAAUGCUGUUUAAGAUCUGAAAAUCAGAAUCUAAAGAUAAGUUUAGAAAAACAAACUAAAGAAUUUGAAGAAAUAAUAGGAAAAUUAAAUAUUGCUAAACAAAAAGAGAUUAAUUUUAAGGAAUAUAUAAUCGAUUUGGAAGCAAGACAAGAAGAGAGAAUAAUAAAAAAUCUAAAACAGCAAAUUGAUUGUAAUGAAUCAUUAAUAAAAAAGCAAAUUCAGACUAUAGACCAAUUGCAACAAAAAUUGCAUACAUCUGAACAACAAAUCAGACGAUACAUAUCCGAAUAUACAAGUUUUAAGGAAAGAUUUUUAUCAAUAAAAAUGUUACUCAAAGAAAAAUCUGAUAGCAUGGCAAAAUUACAAGCAGAUUAUGAAGUAUUAAAAAAUGAGAAUUCAAUUUUAAAAACAGAAAACAUUGUAUUGGAAAAUAAAACAAAAGAAGAUUUUUACUUACUAAGGAAGAAGUUAAAGGAAACUCAGACGGAGUUAUCUUUUAUGAAAAAAAAUUAUUAUAAAGCAGCUGAAGAUUAUAAUAAAGCUCAAGACAACUUGAUUCAAUCCGCAAGACGAGAGGCAGAGUUACAAGAAUCAUUAACAAUUGCAGAGAAAGAGUAUUGCUCAAAGCUUUCAAAUUUAGAAGGAAAAAUUGCUAGAUUGGAAAAUUUAAUAUGUAAACUUAAUGAAGAAUCAAAUGAUACUAAAAAAAAAUUAUCUUCAAAGAAUAUUGAACUUUGCCAAACACAAAAUAUGUGUACAUCGUUUGCCAAUCAAUUGAAAACUGUACAACAAGAUUUUUAUGAACUUCAAGAAAAAUACAAAAGAAUGGACAAUUCCAGUUGUCAUUUAACUCAACAAUUACAAGAAUGUAUAGAUGAAAACUAUACUCUUGUGCAACAGAACACUUCACUUGAACAAGACAACUACAAGUUUACAAAUCAAUUACAUAACAUGCACCAAUCUUUGACGGAGUUGAAAAAAGAAUGUCAAUCAAAAGACAAGUCUUUGGCGUGUGUGUCAGCAGAAUUAACUGAAACAGUAAUAAAUAGGUCAGAACUUUGUAAUGAAUCCCAAUAUAUGGUCUCGUGUAUUCGUACAUGGAUGGCAGAACAAAGGCAACUUGUUGAAACUCUUGUUUCAAAGUUACAAAUUAAACAACAGCAGUUAACAAUAUUAAAACAACAAUUUGGACACGAAAAGAAAACUUUCCUAAUAAAAAUAAGAGAACUAAGAAGAAUGAACAAUAUAUUAACACAAAGAUUGAAAAAAGUACAUAGAACAACAAUUGGAAAAAAUACUAAAAGUGCUGGAUAUUCAUAUUUGACUCAAAACUAUGGUAAAUCUUCUACAUGCCCGAUUAAAUCUAUACGUCGCACUUCAGUGUUUGGCAAUUCUUGGUGGUUUCCUAAGAUGGAAUAUUUAACAAGUCAAUUGAAAAAUAAUAAUCAAUGGUGGAAUGCAAAUAUAGCUGAUAAAUUAUCAAAGAAUAAUAGUGGAGUAGAUGAUAAUCGAGAUUGUGGUUAUCAAUCAUCUGCAAGCAAAUGACAGUAUAUCAUAAAAUCUGUCAUUAUGGCAUAGUCGAAUAAAAUCGAUUUAUGAUAGAAUAAUAAGAUAGAGUAAUAACUAAUAUUGUAUACCAUUGAAAUUUGCAAAGAAUAUAUAUAGAAAUA